AUGGUCACCCAUACAGGUUCAGCAAGCCAAGUUUCGUGUCCCGACAAUGAGGCUCCAAGCCAGAAACCGGAGCUGACAAGCGACCCGGAGAAGAUAUCCCCAGAGCAGGAACGACCGACGACCUCUUAUUUCUCUCUGCCGCAAAAGCAAGCCCCCAAUGAGUCUGCAACUUCGGAAUCUCCUGCGGAGGUGGCAAGGGGGGCACGGUCCGGCAGAGAGUUACUGCGCCGACUCAGUCUUGUUGACUCCAGGGGUGCUGAGGCCUUGGAGGUCGACCCUCGAACGGCUUAUCCUGGUUUGCGGCUGAGUGGGAAUGUCAUCAGUGCUACUUUCUGCAUUCCGUACCAACUUACGCAUGGGGGAAAUGGCGAGUGGGCGCUGUCCAACCGGCGCGGGACUUCUGCAUUGUUCGACUCAUUCGCCCAUCUCUCGUCGGAUAAGACCCCGUGGAACCACACCUUGGUCGGAUGGACGGGUGAGAUCCGCACACAGCAGCAAGCAAAAGCUAUCAGCAUAUUGCAGUCCGAUGCUGCUGCUGCAAUCGCCGCCGCACAAGUCCCCCAUCCCAUCAACAAGUCGGCCGCACCGAUCCCAGUGAAUGGCACCAAGCCCAACACUCACGUCCCUCAUCCCGAUCAUCUCAGAGUGCCUCGCUCAGAUCGGAAUCGCCUGGAGAAGAUCCUGGCGCAACAUCCGAAUGGCAAAGUCCUUCCUGUGUGGCUGCCGGAAGGCCCAGGAGACGAGGAUGGCGAAUUCAUCUUCAAAGACCAAAGCCGGUGGCGGAAAUAUGCAGAGCACGAGCUCUACACUCUUUUCCACUAUCGACAUCACGGUCCUGACGAUGGCCGAGCCGAGAAGACUUCGUGGGCGGAUUACGUGCAGAUGAACCAGUGCUUUGCGGAUCGGAUUUUACACAUCUACCAGCCCGGAGAUAUUGUUUGGAUCCAUGACUAUCACUUAAUGUUGCUACCGAGUAUGUUACGCCAACGAAUCCCCAACAUCUACAUUGGCUUUUUCCUGCAUAUCCCGUUCCCUAGCAGCGAAUACAUGCGGUGUCUGCCUCGAAGAAAGGACAUCCUGACUGGCGCCCUCGGUGCGACGAUGAUCGGUUUUCAAUCGUACAGCUUCUCCCGACAUUUUAACUCGUGCUGCAAACGCAUCCUAGGUUUCGAGUCCAGUUCAGCAGGCGUGGACGCAUACGGCGCACACGUUGCCGUGGACGUAUUUCCCAUUGGCAUCGACGUGGCAGCGGUGCAGAGAACGGCUUUUGGCGACCCGGUAAUAGAACAAAACAUGAGAGCCUUGAAGAAGAUGUACGCCGGCAAGAAGAUUGUGGUCGGCCGCGAUAGACUCGAUACCGUCCGAGGAGUGUCGCAAAAGCUGAUGGCAUUCGAGAUCUUCUUGGAAAGAUACCCGGAAUGGCGCGACAAAGUGGUUCUCAUUCAGGUGACCAGUCCUACCAGCGUGAUGGAAGACAGGGUGGACGGAGCUCACAAGAUCGAACACAAGAUUUCCAACCUGGUCUCGAGGAUCAAUGGCGAAUACGGGUCGUUGAGUCAUUCCCCGGUGCAGCAUUAUCCACAAUAUCUCUCGUCGCAGGAAUACUUUGCUCUGCUCCGGAUCGCCGACGUUGGUCUUAUCACUAGUGUUAGAGACGGUAUGAACACGACCAGCCUGGAAUACGUCAUCUGUCAGAAGAACAACCACGGCCCCUUGAUCCUGUCAGAGUUUUCCGGGACCGCCGCCAGUUUGAGCAACGCCAUCCACAUCAAUCCGUGGGACCUGGGCGGUGUGGCCGACGCACUCAAACAGGCCCUUGAGAUGCCCGAAGCUCAAAAGAAGAGCAACCACGACAAACUGUACAACUACGUGACGACCCACAAUGUCGCGACAUGGUCGAACAGCUUUCUGAAACGGUUGCUUACCAACCUCACCUCGUUUACUCAAAGCGAUCUGACGCCGGCCCUGGACCGCAACCGGAUGAUCCAGCAAUACCAUGCUGCAAAGAAACGACUUUUCAUGUUCGACUACGACGGCACACUCACGCCAAUCGUGAAAGACCCCAAUGCCGCCAUCCCGUCGGACCGAGUCAUACGUACCCUUAAAGCUCUUGCCGCCGACCCACGCAACCAUGUCUGGAUUAUCAGUGGCCGCGACGCCUCCUUCCUCGAGGAAUGGAUGGGUCAUAUCACCGAGCUCGGCUUGAGUGCCGAACACGGCUGCUUCCUGCGGCGGCCUGGUUCAGAGACCUGGGAGAACCUUGCGGCGGCCAUGGACAUGGGCUGGCAGAAGGAAGUCAUGGACGUCUUCUCUUACUAUACAGAACGCACUCAGGGAUCAUGGAUCGAGAAGAAACGGGUGGCGCUGACAUGGCACUAUCGGCAAGCUGACCCUGAUUUCGGCGCCUUCCAGGCACGGGAGUGUCGCAAAGCCUUGGAGGAGAAUGUCAUGAAGCACUGGGAUGUUGAAGUUAUGAGCGGAAAGGCCAACCUGGAGGUGAGACCGCAGUUUGUGAACAAGGGCUUCAUCGCCACAAGGUUGAUUAACGAGUAUGGAUAUGCGAGGGGUGAACCACCAGAGUUUGUGUUGUGCUUGGGAGAUGAUCAGACUGACGAGGAUAUGUUCCGCGCCCUCCUUAAGACGGAUUUGCCCAAAGAAACCGUGUUUGCGUGUACCGUGGGCGCCAGCAGCAAACGCACCCUAGCGACGUGGCACCUGCUUGAGCCGAGCGAUGUCAUUGCGACAAUUGCGGCCCUGAACAAGGCGGAGAACUUGUAG